AGGACGCCACGAGAGUCUCCUGAGUUCGGAACGACGAGGAAGUUUGGACCUGUUCGGCCACCACUCGCUUCAAUAUGGCUGCCCCCAGGGAAAGGCGACGGCGGACGGGAAAGUACAGACCCUAAAUCCCUCAUCGCAUGGAUCGUAGCGCGGAGUUCAGGAGAUGGAAGGCGCAGUGUCUGAGCAAAGCGGACCUCAGCCGGAAGGGCAGUGUGGACGAGGAUGUGGUAGAGCUUGUGCAGCUCCUGAAUGGGCGAGAAGAGUUUUUCACCACCAGUUCCUGCGCUGGCCGCGUCAUCCUCCUAGACGGGGGUAUAAAUGGUUUUGAGGUUCAAAAACAAAACUGUUGCUGGCUACUGGUUACACACAAACCUUGUGUAAAAGAUGAUGUGAUUGUAGCGCUGAAGAAAGCGAAUGGUGAUGCCACUUUGAAAUUUGAGCCAUUUGUUCUUCAUGUGCAGUGUCGACAGCUGCAGGAUGCACAGAUUCUGCAUUCAGUGGCAAUAGAUUCUGGUUUCCGGAACUCUGGCAUAACAGUGGGAAAGAGAGGAAAGACUAUGUUGGCUGUCCGGAGCACACAUGGCUUAGAAGUUCCUUUAAGCCAUAAGGGAAAACUGAUGGUGACAGAGGAAUAUAUCGACUUCCUAUUAAAGAUAGCAAACCAAAAAAUGGAGGAAAACAAGAAGAGAAUUGAAAGGUUUUACAACUGCCUACAACAUGCUUUGGAAAAUGAAGCUGUUACUAACUCAUAUCCCAGAGAGAAAAUCAAAGAGCAAAAGAAAUCAUCAUAUUCUCCUAAGAAAAAAAGAAACCCAGAAAAAGCACAUGGCAGAUGUGUUACUGAAGAAAAUGAUAAAGAACUUGAAAACGAUGAUGACGAUGAUCCAGGAGUCAGUGUUAUUAUCUUCCCUGAAGAUUACUAAGAUCUGGUUCUGAAGUGUCUUGGUAGAAUAAUGUUUCUAAUAGAUAUUGUAGAGCUGCUCUUUAUAAGAGUAUUUUAGUUUGUUGAGUGUAUCAGGCAUUCAGAAAAGCAAGAUUUAAUUUUCUCUAUAUCUUAGAGAAACCCAUCUUAUAAACAUAGAUGCCUUUUUAAAAUAGCUGUGUAUAAUGUUUGCUGAUUAAAUAUCAUCUUUUAGUCACACAGAGAUUCAUUACGAAAAUAAAAUUAUGAUUUUUAAUGUC